CGUCUUCGGACCGCGGGAGGCCGCGACGCUCAGUCCCGCAGCACGGAGAACAGCAGUAUUUACGUUCCUAACACUCUAAUCUCUGAGAAAAAGAACGAGACGGCUGUUUAAGGACUUUUAAAACCUGGGCACUCCCCCUUUUCCCUCUUUCAGAAGAGGUCUCCUUCCGCCGCAGUAGCAAGGGCUGCAGAACGGAGCGGGGCGGACUGCAGCACACCGGCAUCUUGUCAGCCGCGUCCGGACUCUUCGUUCGUGUUUCCAAACUGGGAACAGAGGAGUAGAGUCGGCCCCCUGCCUACCCCUCGAGGACGUUAACUGGAUUCUUAAAAGAUUUUUUCCUCUGCCUCAUGUGAGAGAGUGGCAAACAAUUAGUAGUCGUGGGAUGUGGAACAAAGCGAUGGGAGCCUUUGGGCUGAUAACGGGGAUCUUACACUACCUGGGACUCUACGUUCAAAUUAGCGCCUCUUCCAGACAAGGUGGACACGCCGAGGUGGAGAACCGCAUCUCUAGUAACGCGCUCUUCACAGAGGUCCCCCAAGACAUUACAGCACACAGCGGAGAGGAUGUCGAGAUGGCCUGCUCUUUCCGGGGGGCUGGAUCACCCUCCUACUCUCUGGAGAUCCAGUGGUGGUACAUCAGGAACUACAAAGAAUGGUUGGAAAAGCCAGCCUGGACCACAAAUCAGGUUGUGCCACAAGAGAAGAUGCCUAAAGAUGCUACCAAAAUAAGCGUUGUGAAAGUGGCUGGGAGCAACAUCUCCCACAAACUGCGGCUGUCCAGCGUGAAGCCCUCCGAUGAGGGCACGUACGAGUGCCGGGUCAUCGACUUCAGCGACACCAAGGCCCGGCACCACCGAGUGCGAGCCUACCUGCAGGUGGAACCCGAGAACGACUCGGCCCUACGCCACCGCAAGGAGGCGCAGCCCACCGGCGGCCGUCACAAAGGCGGCCGGGAGCUGAGGAGGCGCUCUACCGAUGACCCCACUGACUGCAGUGACAGCUGUGUGCUGUAGAGUCCCGCCCUCAGAGCCGUGUACAUUGUGUAAUAUAGCAGGAAACCCGGGAGCGCAUGUCCAAUAUGUUUAUUAGUACGUCUGUAUUAGUCCACAAAGAGGCCGGCCAAGCCGGACAGUCCGCUUUGUUCGUCAUCUUUCAGUUGUUUGGGUUUGUGUUUGCUUGUAACUUGGUUCAGAAGCCGUGUGGGGGGAGGCGUGGCGAAGUCAGUCAAACCUUUUGUCCCAUGUUGCCAUGGAGCACUGCUUUCUUGCACGUGUCUGGGCUGAAGCCAGAUGGCAGGGGAGAAAAAAAACUGUACGAUGCUUUGACAAGGCUGUUCAAUGUCAGUGGAGACGUUCUGUUUUUAAGUGCCACAUUUAUCAUUGGUCUUGGAUUUCAGAAAAAAAUACGUGGGGGAGGGGAACUACUGUAUUUUAAUGUUUUAUGACUUCUUAUGGACGCAUUUAUGAAGCUUUGUGAAUGUUGUUUGAAAGACUUGCUUCUGUUAUAUUUUGCUUUAAAGUUUUGUAAAAGAUAAGGAUAAAAUGUACAUUUUUAAACUUAUUCAAGGAUGAUGGUCUCACUCUAAAUGUAUGCCUUUAUCACGUUAAAUAAACUGUAAAUGAACCCAAACCAUACAUGACUUUUCAUGA